AUGAAAGCCGGCUGCUUCAUCACCUUGGAGCCAGAAGGAGUAGAGCACCUCGAUCGCAUGUGUGACUCUUGCAGAAUCAAAGAAGAUCUUGGGAGUACAUCUACACUGACAUUUGUGGGGAUAGAUGGAAUCCGACGACCACUCACGAGAGAAGCUACAGCAGCGAGUAAGUUACAAGGAGCAUUGAACAAGGACGUCCCAGACACCGAAGCUGACGAAUCAAACCAGGCAGUCGACGAUCUUGACGAGGAGCAAAGGGUGGCUGCACGAAUCAGUCUAGAGAGGAAAAGGAGACUUUCUCAGGCUAACAGACUGGAAGAGAUGAGAUAUAGAGAACGAGCGUUAGAUCAACUCCAUGAGCAGCUCAUGCAGAAGGAGAGAGAAAGACACGAAGAAAGGAAGAGGAAGCUAAAAGCGCGAUACGAAGGAUUAGAUGAUGAGGAUGGGCACUGCAGCCAACACGCAUCUAUGAGGAUGAAUGAUUAA